AAGCGGUGAAUCACUGGCUCCGUUCAGACAUAAGUAAUACUGUUUAAAGGAAAACAAAUUAGUCUGGAGUUCAUCAAGAUAAGGAGAAGUUAGCUUGUGUAUUACUGGCUUUAAUUAAACGUCUUUCACAAAGCGAGUUUCAAAAGCUAGGACCGUGUGUUUAACAAACUCUGUAGCGAAUCGGUUGAUGUUUCUUUCAGAAAACAGUCGAAGGGAUUCAAUAGCUACACAUUAAUUCAAACAGUUUGAAAUCAAUCGAGACCUCCGAUAGAGCAGAAUGUCACGAGAUGUCUCAAGUAUCAUUUUUAUUUUGGCCAUUCUGACGUACGUGUCGCAAGCACAACGGGCUGCGUUCGACUGUAAGCGGAACGGACAAGAUUGUGGAAAAGGAAAUUGCAAGACGGACGGAACAUGUGACUGUACCAAUAUAGCAGACACAGAAGGGUACAACUGUGGCAUUGUUAAAGCUCAAAAGACACCUGGUGAUCCACGCUGCUCAUGUACUACAGAUGGAGUAUGUGUAAAACUGGACGGCCAAUCUACAACGUGUACCUGUACAGAAAACUUUUACGGAAGUGACUGCAGUUUGAAAAGGGUGGAUGUGAAAUGUAUGGGAAGAAAAAUGUAUCUCAACAUGAACACAGCUGGUACUUUUGGAGGCAUUGCCUUCAUGAAAGAUCAUCGAACAACACAAGGGUGUGAGUUUGUUUCUUCUGCUGCCGCCAGACAAACUGAUACUAAUAUCCCCGCCACAUUGAAAGGCCUAGUGCUCAUUCUAGACCUUGACAACACCACUUGCGGAAACCUUACUGUUGCAGACAAUUCAAAGGAAUAUGAGGCCAAAUUUUAUAUCAACUACAACAAGGAAUUCGUCACGAGCACAGAUGAGAUAAUCACUGCGAAAUGCGUCUUCAACGACACCAACACAGCAGAGGGCAAGAUCACCGGCAUAAAAGUGACAGAUGACUUGUACAAGGGUGGAAGUGUAACGGGGAAUUACGACCCAGUUGUAUUCGAGCUGAAACAAGACUCUGGUGUGGCGAUUCCAGCAGAAGGUCUUAAAAUCGGCACCCCUCUGGUCUUCACGUUCAAUAUUCCAGAAAAAAGUGGUUUCACGACGCUGUUGGUGAAGUCUAUUAAAGCCACAGACACCAAUACGAAAAACCCAUCCCAGCUUCAGAUUAUUGUCAACGGGUGUCCAAUGAAACUGGGUUCAACUGUUAUAGCAGAACCGUUUAAACUGGAUUCUACAAAAAGAACGUUUUCAGGGGAAAUAUCGCUUUUCAAGUUCAUUGAAAGCACGGAUAUACUCUUUAUAAGUGAAGUACUUGUUUGUGACAGCACCACGGAGGCGCAAUGUGCGAUAAAUUGCACUGUUACUGCUGCUGCUACUACUACUACUGUUCCUGCUACUGCUCCUGCCAGGAAACGGAGGGCAGCUGAGUCGGUGAAGGAACUCACUAUAACCAAAACUGUGACAAUUUCAGAUGGUUCGGACUCCAACAGCAAGCAAGACACCAACGAACCAGUAAUGGAAGACUGUCUACAGCGGACCGAAGUCUGGGUUACUAUAGUAACCGUCAGCGCGUUCCUGGUUGCCCUUCUUAUUGUCUGCCUCGUUCUCGUGUGCCGGAUGUUGACGUCACCUAAAAAGACGAAGUUGAUGUCAUAUCAAAAUGACGUAGCCAAUUCUUCGCUGUCGAUUCCGCGAGCGUCGGUUUCGAAUUUCUGAGCUCGACGUUUCCCGAGUACAAGAAUGGCCGAUUGCAUAGCCAUUGAUCAAAUUGUAAUGCAAUCUUGUUUAGACUCCCAAUCGGCUAUUCCAGGGAACAUUUUGUUUUCAAACUCGUGAUUAGCGAUAUUUCUAGUCAUUUGAAAAAUUGAUUAGCAACUAAUGUUUAAUGUUUUAAAUUUGUCCUGCGAUCUCUGAAAUUUGCGUAGCGAAUCGCGACACAGUACCGAACAAAAUGUCCCCUGUAUUCACGUACAAGACACUCGUGUCGUGUGGCGCAGCCUUUAAGGUAGAGUCACGCGGGUUUCGUGACUUGAAAUAUACACUGCGUGCACGUUCUUCUUCAGCUAACGUUCGCAACCCAAAGACGUUUCCUAAAUACUUUAAACAGCAAGCGUCAACUAAGGCUUAAUAGUUUCGUAUACAUAAUUCAGUUUUAUAUCAAAAUGCUGAUAACAAGUUGAACUUUGUAGCUGGCUGAGCAUAAAACAUUAUAUAUAUUUUCAGUAUUAUUUAUUCAUUUUCAAUUUAACAUCCUAAUACAAACUGCAUCUUAUCUUCCCACCAACAACACCAAAAAUCGUCUUAUAUAUAUAUAUAUAUAUAUAUAUAUAUAUAUAUAUAUAUAUAUAUAUAGAUAUAUAUAUAUAUAUAUACAUAUAUA